AUGGCCGGAAAAUUAAAGCCUGCGCAAGUUUUUCAGCUACUAUGCAUAUUUUCCAUCGUCUUCUCCCUCUUCGCAUUCUCGGUGAAUGUUUCCAGUGAAGCUGAUUUUCAAGAAGCCGUGCAGCCAGAAGGUAAAACGACGACGGUUUGGCUAUCUAAAAUCAAACAGUCCGGUAAUAACUACUGGGGGAAACUCAAAGAGAGUUUAGGUCGUGGUCACGCUCGCUUUUUCCCUCCAAACAUAGAUUUUAGAGGAAAGGAUGAUCCUUCGAUGGGAGCAGCAGGAAAGAUGAAAGAGGCGGUCACAAGGAGCUUCGAGCAUAGUAAAGACACGGUGGAGGAAGCUGCCAGAUCAGCGGGGGAGGUGGCGCGUGAUACGGCGGAAGCGGUGAAAGAAAAGGUGAAGAGGAGCGUUUCCGGGAAAGAGACGACGCAGAAACAGCCGGAGGGUUCUGAGGAACUUUGA